AUGGCGCAGCUUCGGAGUAAUCUUAAUAAUAGAGAUAAGCCGUUUUGGCCUGGGGAAAAACUGAAUAUGUACACAGUGAAAUCUAGAUACAAGCUUGCGAUGAAAAUUCGUCAAAGAAAUGAAGCAUCCACUUCCUCGGAAGGGAGUGUUUUAUGGAACUGGAUUUGGGGUUUAGAUGUGAUCCCUAAGGUUAAACUUUUUAUGUGGAAAUGUUUAGCUAAUGCAAUCCCGACGGCUAUGGCGCUGCGGAGACGGAAUGUGGAUAUUGAUCCUUGUUGUAGGCGGUGUGGAACUCAUGAGGAAACCAUGGAGCAUGUGCUUCGGGAUUGUGCAUGGUCAGAGGUUUUAUGGAGAGUUUCGCCUCUCAGACUUCAACCGCCGAAUGGGGACUGUUCGAUGAUGGAUUGGAACCUUCUGAUCUUCCAGCAGAAAGAUAUUUCCCAUUUGGAUUGCUUGGCGAUUGCAUCUAGAGCUUUAUGGUCGACACCUCUGCGGGAAUCGUUGCCGAACCAGCUUCCUCUCUCAGUUGAUUUCUGUCGCCUGGGACAGUUGAAGGCCUCGAGUGAUGCGGCGUUGAGUGUUGGUAAGGGUUUUGGUAUAGGGGUGGUGCUUCGCGAUAAAGAUGAUGAUAUCAAGGGUUGCAGAUUCGGUUUUGCUUUCUCGGUCAUUGAGGGAGAAGCCAUUGCUAUGUUGGAAUGUCUUCGCCUUUGCCAGGAACGAGGUGUUUCGGAUGUUAUCUUCGAAACUGAUAGCCAACUCCUCUAUUGGUUGUUGAUCAAGAGGGAAAACGAUAUGUCUUAUUUGGGAGAUACGCUGAGAGCUAUUCAUGAGAUUUUGAUUUCUUUCCACCGUUCGCGAAGGGAAUGCGGCUGCUGA